UUAUUUUGCUUUCCAGCAGAGCCACUGGACUGGUUCCUUUAGUAGGUCAGGCUAGAUGGCUCCCGGAACACUGACAAGCUGAAACCAAACUUAUUUAGCCGAUGAGCUGUUUUGAUUAUAAUCUCUUUUAGUUAUUGUGUUUUGAUCGUUCAAACACCACCACAGCCUGUAGAAUGGAGAUCGGUGCUUUAUCAUGAAACUCCGCGCGCAGUAUGACAGAGGAGCAUAUAGCGAGUCCAGAAGAGCGUUUAAACUGAGGGAUUCACCUGAUCCGAUGCAAACCGAUCCGAGCGCGCAGGGAGGGAACGGGCUGUCAUUAACCCUGCAGCCGGAGCUGCUCGCCCGAAUGCCCGGCGCUGGAAGUGCCAGCAGGCCGGAAACAGACGAGGACGUCCGGGUUUCUAUCGGCAGCGGACGCGGCGCGACGUCGCGGAGGCCGAGAGCAGCGAGUCACAGCCACGGACACACACACAGCCACGAGCACGAGUCAGACAGCAGCGAGUCUGACCUGGAAUCCGGAGAAUCCAGCAGCUCGUUAUCGGAGCUGCGCUACCUCCUGCGCUGGCUCAAGAAGAGUCUUCCCUUCAUAGUUAUUCUCUGUGCGAAACUAGUAAUCCAGCAUGCCCUGGGUCUGGCUGUUGCAGUUGGUUUGUUUACCACCUUUAUGUACGUCAACAAAAGCAUUCAAACGCAAGUCUUUCUCCACGACCGAAGGACAAAGUUGCAUUGUGUCUGGCUCUUGCUGUUCCUCACAUCCUCCAGUCUCCUUGUGUUCUACACUUUUCACACCCAGUCACUUUAUCGCUGCCUCAUUUUUGCCAACGCUACAAUAGAUUCUCAGAACUUCUGGGAGGUUUUAUGGAGUGUCGGUGUUACUAACUUCAUUCUGAAGUUUUUCUUCAUGGGGCUCAAGUGUCUUAUUCUCCUCAUCCCCUCCCCGCUCAUGACAUACCGGCGAAGGGGUCAGUGGUACAUGCUCAUAGAGGAGAUGGGUCAGUUGUAUCAAGUGAUCGCUCCUGUCCCGCUUUGGUUCCGCUAUCUGGUCAGCUACGAUGAGAUGGACACCUCAGUGGGUCUGACUCUGGGAAUCCUGCUAGCUUUGGUCUACCUCAUAAUGAAGCUUUUGGCCUUGUAUGGACUGUCAGGAUCAUUGCAAAAACAAUUACGGACCUUUUUCAGUCCUGAGGUGAACGGAGCUCCAGCCGGUCCUGCUCAGGUUAGAGAGGCAGGUGACAUUUGUCCGAUCUGUCAGGCUGAUUUUAAGCAGCCUCGGGUCCUCGUGUGUCAGCAUAUCUUCUGUGAGGAGUGCAUCGCCCAGUGGCUUAACCAGGAGAGAACCUGCCCUCUCUGCCGCACUGUCAUCACAGACAAGGUGCAUAAGUGGAAAGAUGGUGCAACAUCAGCUUAUUUACAAAUAUACUGAAAUCUCACUGUAAGGACGGAAACACGGUGUUGUGGCAUGUUGAAACAUUCACCCAACAGUGGAUCCACAGAAUAUGGAUUGUUCCUCUCAAACAUCACCGUUGAGCAAACAGCACUUGUUAUAAGGCAAAGGGCUCUAGAAAAAGCUCCAGUUUUGAAUUUUUGAAAUAUACAUAACUUGUCAAAAGGACAAGUGUAUUCACCAGCUCGUGUAUUAUUAUUAUUAUUAUUAUAACAACUAUUAUUAUUGUCGCAUGUGGGACUCAUUUAUUUUUUAGUGUUUAUAAUUUAUAUUCCUCUUUUUGUUCUUGCAUGCCAGCUCUGGUUUUACUAAUUACCUUGUGGGUGUAAGCAGGCAAAUAUGGUGGAGACAAAUAGAUUUCUUCAUAUUGUAUUUGUGGAGAAAACACUCAAAUAAUGUGGCAGGAAUUCAUUUGUCGUUCCCCUAAAUGUAUUAUUUUUUUUUUUUUAACCGUUUUAUUUUUCAAGGAUACUGGGUCUUUUGGUAUGAUCCUUUGUCAGAUACUGUGGUUUUUGUAACUGAAUUUGUUUUAAAUGCAUUUAAGACUCCAAUCAUAAAGAGUUCUGGGUUUUGCAUUCAGUUUGAAGUAUUCUGAUUUCUUUGGUGAUGAUCUGAAUGUGAGGUAAUUGCACAUGAAUUACUGAUUUAUCAAAUGAUGUAGCAUUAGAAUUUUGUAACCAUGCGAUUUUUGUGACUGAACAACACACAGUGGCUUUUGAAUUAUUAUUAUUAUUAUUAUUAUUGUAAUUCAGGCCUUUCCACAAAUACAUGGUAUUUUUCUAAUCAUGUUGUACUUACACUGUAAUAAACCAAAGCUUUGAAGAGGAAAUAUCUAUUUUAGUACUAUCAUACAGUAUGCAGUUACAGUUGUAUUUAUAUCCAGUAUAUUUGACCAAAUAAAUUUUUCAAACUGUUAAAAA